UAAAGGUGAGAGGAAUGCUCUGGGAAUUUGUCGCUGGGAAAACCCCACACAACAUUUUCUGAGCAAAACGCCUGGGAGUGCAGUUUAAUCCCAUUACACACGACGCCGUUGACUUGCUGCCUCGGCAUCUGUACGGUUUCGCUAUACGUGGCCUUGUUAAUGUUGAACUCACUGUAAAGACUUCGCCCGUAGUUUCGGCGGCAGGUCUGCUUCCUCAGCUGCACAGGAUGUGUCUCAUUCCCCCUGUUUUACAAAACUACUUCCGGAUGUGGGCGGCUGCAAUGGAGACCAACCGAGUAACAGUUUCUUUUUAGCCUCGUCUCUCUUUCACCCUCCCUGCAGCCAUGGGAAUUAAAAGCGAUCGUUGGUGAUAGAUUAUUUCACGUAUCUGUUGUUGUUUUUUUUAAAAAAAGAGAAAACAGGAAAUCAAGUUUCUUUACAAUCGGUAGUCCACUUUUUGAGGAAGCCUGGUUACAGUUCAUCCGCGAUGUUGACAUCCAGCCGAGAUUCGUGCGGGGUCGUGUUUGUCACCAUCGCCGAAAUGAGACUACUUUUAACUUCCUUAUUGCUCGUAGUUUCUCUCUGUUGGGUGGACGGUGCCAGGAAGCCCGUAGAAGUCGAAAAAGUGGAAAAUGACCCCGAACUGGAAUCCCUCAGCAAGGUGCUGUCUAACUACGAGGUGUUGUCCAUGUCCAGUGUGCGACGGCACUCUGUGAGGAAGAGAGAUUUGCAGCCUGAAUCCCAGGUGGAGCAGAUGAUGAGUUUCACGGCCUUGAACAGAAAUUUCAAACUGUACCUGACGUCAAAAAUGGACCUUUUUACUGAAGAUUUCAAGGCGGUUGUUGUUGAUAAGAAUGGGAGAGAAGAUGUUUUUGAAGUCCAGAGGAAUAACUUCUUCACGGGACAUGUAGUAGGGGAAGAGAACUCCCGCGUGCAGGCGCACAUCGACGACACCGACUUCAUGGCCCGCAUUCACACGGAUGAAGGAGAGUACAUCAUUGAGCCCCUGUGGAGGUUCACGCCGUCGGCCGCGAACGGCCAGCUGCUGGCGUACAGGACCCAGGACAUCCGGGACGUCGCCCACCUGCGCUCCCCUGGCGUCUGCGGGUACGUCCGGCCCGGGGGCGAGGAGCUGCUGCCCGACAAGCUGAAGGAGGCCCUGGCGGAGGACGCGGGCAAGGAAGUCUGGCAAGCGAUUGAACUCAUUGAUCGGGUGGAUGACAUCUAUAGAAAUACGUCCUGGGGCAACAACAUGGAAGGAUACGGGGUGCAGAUCAACCAGGUCAUCGUCAACAAGGAGCCCACUGUGCCACUGGCGGAGCGCGGGAAGCACUACAACAUGCAGGACAGCCCGGAUGGGAAGGAAGUGUGGGAUGUGAAGAAGCUGCUGGAGCAAUUCAGUUCGGACAUCGCGGACAACGCCUCCAAAGUCUGCCUCGCUCACCUCUUCACCUACCAGGACUUCGAGCACGGGACGCUGGGCCUGGCGUACGUCGGCUCGCACAAGAAGGAAGCCCUCGGCGGCCUCUGCCCCAUCCCCUACAAACCUUCAUCUUCAGCCAAACCAAUUUAUUUGAACACUGGAUUAACCAGCACAAAGAACUAUGGGAAAACCAUUUUAACUAAGGAGGCAGAUCUGGUGACCACUCAUGAGCUGGGCCACAACUUUGGCGCUGAGCACGAUCCAGACAAUGUGAAAGUCUGUGCGCCCAACGAUGACCAGGGGGGCAAAUACGUAAUGUACCCCAUCGCUGUCAGCGGAGACCAUGAGAACAACAAGAGGUUUUCAACCUGCAGUAAAAAAUCGAUUUACAACACACUGAUGAAGAAGGCGAACACCUGCUUCAAGCCGAGGAACAGCCAGCUGUGCGGCAAUUCGCGGGUGGAGCAGGAGGAGCAGUGCGACCCGGGCAUGCUGCACCUGAAGGACGACCCCUGCUGCACCUCCAGCUGCAAGUUUAGGCCCCACGUCAACUGCAGUGAUAGAAACAGCCCCUGUUGUAAGGACUGCAUGUUUGAGAAGGCUGGGAAGAUCUGUCAGGAGCCCAUCAGCGCCACCUGCAAGGGGCAGUCCACCUGCACAGGAAGCAGCAGCGAAUGCCCCGCCCCGCCCAACGCUCCUGACGGCACCACCUGCGUGGACAUGGGCCGGUGCCGCGCCGGCGAGUGCAUCCCCUUCUGCGAGGCCGUGGCCAACCGCAAGCCCUGCGCCUGCAACGAGACCGACGACUCCUGUAAGGUGUGCUGCAGAAACAAGGAGGGCAUGUGCGUGCCGUACAAGAACUCCACCACGGGGCAGUUUCUGUUCCUGCGCAAAGGCAAGCCCUGCACCGUGGGCUUCUGUGAGGAGAAUGGGAAAUGUAUGAAACAAAUUCAGGACGCCAUCGAGCGGCUUUGGGAUUUCAUCGACAAGCUGGACAUCAACACUUUUGGGAAGUUCCUUGCUGAUAACAUUGUGGGCUCAGUCGUGGUCUUCUCACUCGUCUUCUGGAUUCCCCUCAGCAUCCUGGUCCACUGCGUGGACAAAAGGCUUGACCAGCAAUAUGAAGAGAACAACAAGUCUCUGUUUUACCCCAGUAACGCCGAGAUGCUGAGCAGCCUGGAGUCCGCCUCCGUGCGCAUCGUGAAGCCGCCCCUCCCGCUGGCCGGCCGCUUCCCACCCCCUCAUGCCCCUCAUGCCCCUCAUGCCCCUCAUGCCCUGCACGCCCCACAUGCCCCGCACGCCGGGCACGCCUCCCACGCCGCGCACGCCGCGCAGCCCAACCCGCCGCCCCCCGCCGCCCCCGCGGGCGCAGCCAAGCUGGAGCCGCCCCGCAUGGCCACCAUCCAGGAGGACCCCAGCAGCGACUCGCACCUGGACGAGGAGGCGCUGGAGGAGGACUUCCCCAGCAGCGGCACGGCCGCCAAGUCCUUCGAGGACCUGACGGGGCACGGCGCCCCCCGCAGCGACAAGGCCCUGUCCUUCAGGCUGCAGAGGCAGGCCCGCGUCGACAGCAAGGAGACGGAGUGCUAGCCGCUGCUGCCGGGGGCGGGGAAAGCAACACUGUUUUCGUGACGCGGCCGCCCGCCGUCUGUAGAUGGGUUCAUACGCGUUAAAAAAAAAUAAUUCAAACUAACGCACCUUGAAGGGCAGUCCAAGGAGCCGGAACUGAAAUAGACGUCCUGUAACGUUUGAGUGAUGUUCCGCCGCUGACAUUACUAGAUUUUGGGGGGUGGGGAUAAAGUGGAACAUUUUUUUUUACCAGAAAAGAAGCCUGGUUCGGGUUACCCGGAUGAUGAAUUCUAGAAACUGCUCUCUGAGGAGGCACCUCCCGGGUGGGUUCUGGGCUGUUUUCAGUGGGCCAUACCGUUGCCCCGCUGUUCACCUUCAGGCUGGUCUCUCGCCACGAGCUUCUCGGCUUUUCCGCAGGUCGCUUCUGGACAUGCUGGCCGGAGGAAUGCGUGGGUCACAGCCGAGUGGAGUGCGAUGACGGACCUCGCCGUCUUGGACGAUAUAAAACCCCCCAGUGAGGACCGAAAGGAAUCUGUUCUGAGCAUUGCCUGGUACGGCCAUUGCUUCCGAAGUGUCUGAAAAUUAUAAUUAGUUAAGCAGUUGAGUACCACUUUUCACUUUUUCAGUUUGUUUUUCCUCAAAACCUGAAUCUUGACGGCGAGAGCUCGUUACUUUUUUGGUAGAAUUUGAGCCUUCCUGCGAAGAGGAGGUUCUCGUCUAAUGCGUUUCUCUUUCAGAAGCUUAUCCUCAAUGCAGCAGGGAAGCAGAACCUAAAAUAAACAACACUCCGUUCUCAAUUUUACGUUUAUCAAAGUAGAUUUCAUGGUCCUACCAAAUAGGAAAGUUUUAAGACUCUAAAAUAUCUGCUCAGUAGCAGUGUAACUGUGAAUCUUGUUUAGUGCUGAAAAUGGACACAUUUUCAUAUAACAUAUGGGCUCUGUGCAAUGAGCCUCAGCACUUGAAGUUGCAGACUGAGGUACUGUACAGAUCUGCUGGCUCAAAGUCAGCAGUAGACUGAAUUGCAAAGAGGUGCUUUCAUCUGAUUGAUUGGACUUAACUGCAAUCAAGGGCAGUAUAAGCCACAUUUAGCAGCUACUAGUCUGCUUACUAGUUGGGACUCAUUAUUGCUAGAUUUGCCAAAACAAUCACCAUAACUGGUGUGGUUGCUUGGAUAGAAAGUGAAACAUUGUUUUGUGAAUAUUUUAAUGGCAGAUGAUUGGUUUUCAGACCUAACAGUUUUGCCUUCACUAUCCUUAAUGCAGAUGACCGUGUGCUAGUCAUGUACUUUCUGAUGUGCUGUACGAUUGAUUUUGUGCUAUUAAGGGUCAGGAGCUACAUUUCGUGCCUUAAUACAAUUCCAACAAAAACGUUAAUGAAAUUACAACACUGAAAGAAGCCAUCAAGGAGUUAAGGUGAAAUGGUCACCAUUCUGUCUUCUAGGGGAACUGGUGACUCACUGAAAAAUAUUUUUACAGUAUGAACUUUUCUUAGGUUAAAAUAUACAGUAGAUAUGUGAGCUGUGGUCCAAUAACAGAUCAAUGAAUUGCUGAUAAAAUACCCUCUUUUAUCAUUGUGGAGAGAGAGGCUUCCCAUUUUGCCUCUCUGUAUGGUCUGUGGAGGUUAUUCGAUAGACAUUUGGACUGUGUGUGUCACUGCGUUGUUAAUAAUUCCGGUCCUCCUCCUGUUGAUCAGCAUCACUGUUUUUGUUUCACGAUUGCUUUUAACAUAUGAAAAAGUAAUUAUAAGCAUUAAAAAAAACCCUGAAGUUUAGCUAUAGGUCAAUGUACUGGUUCUAUGCUGAGUGUUUAUGCACAGACCGUAUUCUCUGCUGCAACACUUCUACUUUAUAACAAACUGGACUCGUAAGGUCACAGAGACAUGCAGACUGUCAAAAUUCAUUGUUUUUCUACUCUCCCGUUAUGAUGUACCACGUAUAACUACUCUAUGAUCUUAACCCAUAUCAAAACGUAAAAUUUCCCACUUGGCAUCCCAUGUAGCGGACAGACCCCUAAUCUCAUAGGACCAUGAAGGUUACAGAGAGGAGCAAGCCAUCCGCCCCAUCGAGCCCCUAGCGUAGUUAAGUAACUGAUCGAUCCACGUCCAGCCUCAUCUCGAGGCAGGAUGGCUGGUGAUCCUCUCUCCCACGUCCCUCUGCAGCAAGCAGUGCCCACUCUUCACGGUUUUGAAAGUGCUUGAGUAUCGUCGUUGUCCGAGCCCUCCGGAUUGUGCCUAUCCGCCCGCUCGCCCAGUCAAGAGUUCGGGCCCGUUUCACACGGCUUGCGCCACGCCGGAGGAUCAGGCAGUUGUAGGGCCUGUGCUUGUCCGAGGAGCCAGCGGUGUGAAGCUGCCACCUGUGGCAUUUUGACUGAACACCUCUAAUUCAAACCCCUCCCCCUCCCCAAGAGGUGCUUGUCCGGGAGGCAGGGUGUCCUGCAGGAAGAACGUUUCUUCAUUUACACUCCCCGGGCACAGCUCCACCCCUCCUCCUGGGUGAAAAGAGCCGGGUGCCAAGCGUCCUGGCGCGGACCGGAUCGCACAUUGUGCGCUGCUUUCUGGAUCUGAGCGCUCGAUCGCAUGAAGGCUGCUGUUCCGGCAGCCCAACGUUUUUACAUUUUUACGCCAUUUCCUAUGCAUCUCAAUUGUAUUAAUAAAAUAUGCCCCAAUGUUAUUAAAAGUUUUGUUUUAUACAGC